AUGUCUAACGAUACGCAAACCGUUCAACCGAAUCAGUUUGAAACGAUCGACGAAAAAUCAUCCGACGAACAAUCCGAAGAUCAAUUGAAUACCAAUGAUCAACCUGUAAACGCCACACGCCGUCAAGCGAGACUACACUCUCCUUUUCCGCCUACUUCUAUGCCAGCAAAUAUAAAUCUGGCACCUGAAUCAGUUGUUGAUGAAGAGGAAGAUGAAAAUCGUUUUGAUGUAUUCAUUUUGCAUAAUUUUCGGACAUUCUCAGGAACAGAAGACGUAGUUAGUUGGUUAGAUGAAACCGAUAAGAAAUUCAAUAAGCUUAAGAUAUCACGUAAUCUUCGAUAUAAGGCCAUCCCACUACUAGUAGAGGAUAGUGCCAAACGGACAUACUUGUUGAAUAAAUCUAACAUAAAAACCUUUGAUGAUUUUUAUGAGUGCCUUUUGUCUAAAUUUUCUAAAAUUGAGCAAAGUGAACGCCAUCAACCAGCUCUCUCGCUCUCAUGCUCAUCUCAUAAUACCAAUCCUUCACGUUUACCCAAUAUGCCAAAAAACUUGUCUUUUAAUGAUACACAACUAGGCGCUACACAUCAGUUUGAUGAUUCAGAUAGCUUACCGCCGCGCCCUAUUUUGCGGUCGACUGCAAUCGCAGAUAAGGGAGCCACCAGUUUACGGGGUGAUGAUUCUGCCUUCAGUGGAGCAUUUCAGUCUUCCAAUCUUUCUCAGACCGCCUGUAGUCUCGAUCAAACGGUAUAUGUUAUACAUAAAGCUAUAAUUGAUAAUUUGAUAAAAAAUCCGAAGAUCUUUCAAGGAGGCAAAGAUGAUGUAAAACAAUGGCUGGAAGAUAUUGAACAACUUUUUGACACGGCGCAAAUUCCUGAUAGUCAUAAGCUCGAUCUCAUUACAUACUCAUUACGAGGUGAAGCCCGCCGCUGGUAUAAGAAUACUAAAUCGUCUCUAACGUCUUGGGCAGUUUUCGUUCAGGAAAUUAAAGAGGCAUUUCUUUCUCCGUUUCAUGAGGAAUUAGCGUUCAAAAAGCUUGAGUCAUAUACUCAAGGAGCUAAUCAACCAGUGCGUAGUUUUUACAACGAGGUACUUAAGCUAUGUAUCGAAACGGAUCCGGAGAUGAGUGAGUCAAUGAAACUACGUCAUCUUCUAAAAAAAGCGAAAUCUACGCUUCAGUAUGAAAUUCGAAAACGAAAACCGACUACAACUAAACAGUUCCUUGAGUACGCCAAGGAAGCUGAAGAACUUUUACAAUUAUCUAACAUUGACACUGACACAGAUACGUAUGAGCAUAAGAACGGUAACCCGACUCAUUCAGUAGACAUCGUACGCAACAGUGUAUUCCGUUCGCCGGAUGACGUCACAGGUUAUCCCUCCUAUGAUCGUAGUCGCCACUAUGAUAAUACUCGCACGCGCAACCGAUACUAUAACAAUCAAGGUCGCAACAAUAACUUCCGUUCCCCUCAAUCAGGCAAUUCCACCAGACCUGUCAACUUUUUCAAUUCAUCCUUACAGCGUAACAAUUCUACAUAUCCUCCCAAUCACUCGAUGAACAAUACCUUCCAGGUUCCUUCAGGAACCUCCCACAAUAGUAACGCUCAUUUCCGUCCGUACUCCCCUAAUACCUAUUCCAAUUCAACCUAUUCUUCGAAUAGUAGUGCCAGCCCUGCCACCCAGAACCCAAAUCGAGCACCUCCUAUCAAUCACAUUUCUGCCACACACAAUAUCCCUCCUGCUCAGCUCAGCCAGCAAGCCUCUAAUCCGGAUAUCGCCACGCCAGACGCUGCCUUAGCGCACCAGGCCUCGGCCGGUCCCCAUUUUUAG